AUGGACUACAGCAACGAGGCCACGAUCACCGCCGCGGCGCAACCUUACGGCCGCUCCAUGUCGCCGCCGUCGCGCGUGUCGUCGUGCUCGCCGCCCCCUGUAUUUCCGCUGAUGGGGAACGCGCCGUCGUCGCCGCCGACCAUCGUCCUCAGCCCGUGCGCGGCGUGCAAGGUCCUCCGCCGCCGCUGCGCCGACGGCUGCAUGCUGGCGCCCUACUUCCCGCCGACCGGGCCCGCCAAGUUCACCACCGCCCACCGCGUCUUCGGUGCCAGCAACAUCAUCAAGCUCCUCCAGGAUUUGCCGGAGAGCUCGCGGGCAGACGCGGUGAGCAGCAUGGUGUACGAGGCGGAGGCGCGGCUGCGGGACCCAGUGUACGGGUGCGCCGGGACGGUGUGCCGGCUGCAGAAGGAAGCCAACGAGCUCAAGGUGGACCUGGCGCGGGCGCAGGCCGACCUCCUAAGCAUCCAGACACAGCACGCCAACCUCCUCGCCCUCGUCUGCGUCGAGUUUGCUGCCAAUCACCGAGGCGACCAGCAGCUGCACCAGCCACCGCCACUGGGCGACCAGCUGAACGGCAUCGGUGGUAGCGGCGGCGGCGCCAUGUACCAACCGCUAUACAACUCGGACUUCGACUCCGCGCCGUGGGAAGAGGCCCGGCAGCUCUGGACCUGA